AUGGACCCCGACAGCAACUGCCAAUGUUCGAUGAGUGGGCUGCAAAUCAUGACGGAACUUCGCAACGUUCAGCCCGUCGUGGAGCUUGGCACGAUUCUGGAUCUCGUGCAGCGCGUGUAUACCCACGGGCAGGAGGUGUUGAAGUGCAAGGAUUGUCGGAAGAGUCCACACUCGUCGUUUGUGAUGCUUCCGGCGCUGGCCGAGCAUUGUCUGUCGUUGUUUGAGGCGGUUUGUCUGGCGUAUAGUAUUACGAGGACGAAUGCGUUGUUUGAUCCGGCCGUGUUGGCGUUCGAGCAGCCGCUGUCGCAAUUUAUCUGUAUGCGGAGUAAGACGCAGCUGGGGCAGAUGGAAUUGGAUGAGAAGGAGUCGGCCCUCUUGGUGAAGACCCUGGUGGGUCGCAACCUGAUGAAGAUCUUGGAGAUUAUGAAGACGCUGCAGAAGAUCUUCCGAUCGUUGGCGAAAGAUACCGGUCCGCAUCGGGCGGGCCCGGCCACGCUGCGUGCGUGCGAGUCCUCCGUCGAGGCGACGAUACGGCGGUUUGCGGCGUUUAUGGAACAGAUUGAGAUUGACUCGGUGGGCGUGAACUAG